AUGUCCAAGCAGGUGUUUUUGAACGGUGGAGUGCGGCAAUGCUUGAAGCAUACCCUCUUUAUCACUAAAGUCAAGCUUCUGUAUGACAAAAUUACUUUGAACCGAUUCACAACAUUGUAUUUUUUCAGCGCAGUCCUUGGUUGCUUUAUCUUAACAUCAUUGCAAGCCGUUAGCCUGGCUCAUGAUUCUGAGGCUUGUUCUGCCCUUUCUUCCGUAAUCGAAGGAUCCCCACGUUUAGAUGGACUAGCCAUUCUCAAAGGCAAUGCCAUCGAACUGUGCUCCGGCCUUCCAGACCAAUCCGGUACCGUCUGUGUUAAUGCUCUCAAAUUGCAAAACAGCCUGAGGACAGCAAGUUUGACCGGUAGAGAUGAAGAGGUCGAGGAUGACGAUGAUGAUGAUGAUGUGUAUGAGUCUGAUGUUGAGGAUUCGGACGACGAAGACGACGAUGAGGAUGACGGGGAUAAGGAUGAGGAUGAUGAUGACGACGACGACAUUCCUGUCGGUGAUCAACUGGACAAAAUCGACAUCUCUCUCCCACCCAUUGGAGCGCCUGUCCCGUCGUCAACCAACUUUCCUUUAACAGGCUUUGAAACUUUAACCAUUUCUGAUAUUUUUCAGACAAUCGUGACCAAGAUUCCCCUUCCUUCUCUUUCUAUAACUUCUGAGAUUUCAAGUGGAGUUCCAAUAACAUCAAUUUCCCCAACCGUAGCCUCAACUACAAUAUUCGCAUCCAGCUCAAGCAUCGCCCAAACGACAUCUAGUCGUCUAUCCCAGUCAAGCACCAGUUCUGUUCCUGGCCCUGUCAUAACUGGAACCCCGACAUCAUCAUCUUCGAUAGAUAUAUCAUUUACAACAGCUUCAACUACGACUUCUGCAGCGAUCCCCCAGGCAACUAAGCAGCGCGCCACGGAUGACUUCUUUGAAGUCCGUGAUGAAUGCCUUGUUUCUGUCAUGUGGCUGAAUGACAUUUUGCACGACGCACGACGCGAAGAUAUCGUCCUUUUUGUUUUCCAAUUUUGGCUUUUACUUCUGUCGUUCGUUACCAUUUUGAACGAAUCGAUCCCUCACCUUGGAGCAGGACUGUUGGGCCACCUGCUGGGCACCGCCUGGGCGGCCUACAGGGUACACUUCACAAAGAGUCUUAUGGAUCAAUAUCGCAAUGAAAUAAUCCCAAAUGCGUGUGACGGACGAGACUUCAUGGGAAAUUGGUGGGAAGAUAGUAUCAAGUUCAUUCUUCCACUCGUGGUUUUUCAAUCACUUGCCUUACUGGUGGUAGCAUAUCUAUCUUAUAAGUUGUUUAAAGUGUAUGCACAUCAAACUUUCAACCGUGCCGGCGCAUCACCAAAGGUCAACAGAAUUUAUAAGCUUGUUCUGAUGUUUUCCGUCUGUCUUCAAUUAUCGUCAUUUAUCUCGGUCGCUUCAGCAGGCAUGUGGAUCAACAAAGUCAGUCACGGUGCUCUUGCAGUGUUGGCGAAGCACGCAAAAUUAUAUCUGGCUGGUUUCAUCGUGACUUUGGUGCUUCAAAUUCCUUGGCUUAUCAUCGGAUGGGUGUGUGUUCGACGUGAAUGCCGCAUCAGAUUUUUUAUAUUUUGCUUCAUCUCUACAACUGCAUUUUCGCUUUCUAUUACCAUGUUCUCGAGCAAUAUUUAUCGCUAUAUCUUUUCGACGUGGCCCUUCUUUGCCACCAUCACAAUCACGGCGUUCGUCCUUUUGGUUGGGACAACGGUUUUGGGGAUAAUAUGCCGGUUACACUUUGGAGAAGGUCUUGCUCAUUAUCUUCAAGUCACUGAAGCCUUGGAAGGCGUCAACUUUACACCCGUCUAUUUCACUAACGACUCGAAAAGCGACAUUGAGAAGCCUGAAAUUGUACCCCAGCUAACAAGACUUACCCCCGAUGGCAAACAUGUCGUCGAGCUCCCGGUACCCAUUUAUGCCACUAACCCGGCCGGCACCCGGGGUGUCUCAGUUUAUUCCGACACGAAUGCGUCGCCCAUAUUACUUUCGUCGUCGCCGCCUCUCGAGUCAGACCUCAUAUCCAACAAUAGAUCGUCGAUGUUUUCGCGCGUUCUGAAGAGGUUCUCGUCUCGUGUCCCUUCACCCAGUGCGCAAAGUUUCAAAGUCGAGCCAACACCGUCCAGGAAAAACGGUCUCCUUUCCCCCGAUGCCGCCUCGCGCAGCAUCAAACAUACGUCUAUGCAGUCAGAAAAGGUUCUUUCCAGCCUAAAUGGCUCCAGAUUGACCCCUCCUUCUUCGCCCAUGGAAACUUUGUCUGUCGUCUCAUAUGGCUCUAAUCAGCCGUCGAUCUCUAGUGAUAGGUCUGCCGACACUCAUAGGAGUCGGGGUCCUCCCCCUGUCAGAGGAUUGCCAGCCAAUCCUCGUUCUCGUUCUUUCGUCUAG